AUGCAGAGCAAACAGUACUUUGGGCUGUGCAUGGUGGCAUUAGUAAUGUGCCAAGCAUUCGCCUUGCCACAAGUUGCUCUCCAGCAACAAAUCGACGAGGCAUCUAGGAAAUUUGCCGAGAAACCAAACGCAAUGAAGAAAGUAGCUUUGGAUGACAUCGACGACAUCAGCACCAACUCGAUCGCUGAGGGUAACGGCGGUGGCUUCACGUGGUCAAACAUCUUAAGUAUGUUGAUGCAGAUGAUACUGGGUCAGAAUGCCGCAAUCGCCAGUCCCAGUAAGAACGAAAUAGACGACGGUGUGCCUGCCAGCCCGUGGACUAAUCUUUUAUCCGUUGGUCUUCGCGUACUUACCGCUUUCCUUGGUGGGCCUCAACAGCAGGUUGAUGGCAUCGACAAGGUCGACAAUCAGAACAGCAGUCCUAUGCAGGGAUUAUUGACAGCGGUGCUGGGCGCGUUUCUGGGACAGGGCAGGAAUCCGGAACAGGUGUCUAUGAUAGCCGGCCAGGCGAGUGAGUUCAUCAAUAUCGUCAUCAAUCUAUUGGAUGCCCUGAAGACGUCCUUCUCCCAUCGCUCGCUUCAAGCUCGCUCGCUCGGCAAGAAGGACACUGUCUCCGAUGCCGCCGUUGCAUCUAUUUCCAUGCUCAAGGGAUACAUGAGAUCGAUGAAAUCCUUCAGCAAUGUGGGCCGCGCCGAGGAAGAAGGUCAGAGAGGUUGUGCUGAGCGCGCACUCUGCGAAGCGAGUGCUGAGUGUGCUGCCGACUCCCAAGGCACAGCCACUAUCUUCUGCCAACUUGGGUCGUACGCAACGAGUUACCUUCUUCAGAGGCAAAGCGGAGUAGGUUUCGAAGCGUUGUACGAGGCAGGAAGACGUGGCCGUUCCGGUGAAGAUUGCAGAACGCUGUUCCUCGAUUGCAACGCCGUUUGA